GGGGGUUAGUAGAGCAAUCACUGCUUCCCCUGCUGUUGAAUGAGACAAAGGGCUGAGCAACAGCUCAGCUCUGCAGCUUUACACACACACACACACACACACACACUCUUUGACACGCACAUACACACUAUUUGACACGCACAUACACACUUUCUCUCUCUCUUUCUCUCUCUGUCUGACUCACUUACUCAGCAACUGUACAUGCUACAGCAGGGCAGAGAUACAGAGUGCAGCAUUUGAAUUUCAGACUGUGGAGCUACCUUUUUCUCUUUUGUUUGGCCUUCCACAGACCCUCCAUCUUUGAGGCACUCGUGAUGGCUUCCUGUAUGGUGUCUAUCCUCUUCCUGUUCCCUCUAAUCGCCGCCAUGUCAGCAGAAGAACCGCCAGGCUGCAAGAUCCGGAUCACUAACAGGGGGCUCGAAAUGUUGAAGUACGAGACGCAGAAGUUUGUGGUUGAGGAACUGAGCAACAUCACCAUGCCAGAGAUGAAGGGCAAAGAGGGCCACUUCCAGUACACCAUCAAAGAGGUGAAGAUAAAUGAGCUGAACCUGACCUACGCUGACCUGGCCUUCCAGCCUGGCCUAGGACUGCUCUUCAAGGUGCAGAACUCCUCCAUCGCUCUCAGCUUCCAGAGACACAUCUUAUACUGGUUAUUCUAUGACACUGGAGCCAUCAAUGCCUCUGCAGAAGGUGUGAACAUCCACACUGUCCUGCACACGACCAGAGAUGAGUUGGGACGCCUCAAGAUCUCCAACAUCAGCUGCGAUGCCUCCAUCGCCAAAAUGAAAAUUAAGUUCACUGGCACCUUGGGGAGGGUGUAUGACUUCCUGGCGACUUUUUUGACCACAGGAAUGCGCUUCCUUCUGAACCAGCAGAUCUGCCCUGUCAUGAACCACGCUGGUUUGGUUCUAAUCAACACUUUGUUGGAGACAAUUCCAGUGCGAACAGAAGUAGACAACUAUGUGGGGAUCGACUACUCCCUCCUCAGUGACCCCGUGGUGACUUCAAGGAGCCUUGACAUGGAUUUCAGGGGCAUGUUCUUUGAGCUCGGGAACGAGAGCAACACCUUGAUGAACUCUGCCAUCAACCCAAUUGUGAGAGAGUACGACCGCAUGGUGUACCUGGCUCUGUCCGAGUACUUCUUUGACAGUGGGUUGUACUCCUAUUAUAAAGCUGGCGUAUUCCAAAUGAAUAUCGCCAACGAGCACAUGCCAAAGGAUCUGGAGAUGCUCCUUAGGACAACAUACUUUGGCAUCAUUAUGAUGAUUAACCCAGCCCUGGUGGAAUACCCUAUCUCCCUGCAAUUGGAGUUGAACUCUGCCCCCAAGACAACCGUCAAGACCUCCGGGGUCACCGUGGCCAUCACUGCCAUCGUCACGGUGAUGGUGCUACCGCCCGGCAAGGCGCCUGUUCAGCUCAGCAGCAUGACCAUGGAUGCCAAAUUCAAUGCCAAGGUGUCCAUGAAGGGCAAGAGACUGGCUGUUCACGCAGACUUGAGGAGGUUUAAAAUCUACUCCAACCAGUCUGCUUUGGAAUCACUGGCGCUUAUUCCCUUACAAGUCCCCCUCAAGACUAUGCUGCAGAUCUCAAUAGUACCCAUAAUCAAUAACUGGACCAAGAGAGGCGUCGCUAUCCCUCUUGCAGAUGGUAUGGACUUCAUAGAGGAAGUGGUGGAGUAUCAUAACGGUUACCUCAUCAUUGGGGCAAACCUACAUUUCAGCAAGGGCCUAAGGGAGAUGAUCGAGAGGAAAAUCCAGGCUGAUGCCGAGAACGCCAUCUAAAGAGAAUUAUCCACCAACAAUAACCAAUAUAUCUUAGAUAAACACCCAUCCAAUCCUGUGUUUCUAUGUCCUCAAGGGCACAUGCCUUAUCUACAACAUGGAGCAGACUCUACUGUAACAAUUUCACCAAACCAUGCGGAUUCAAAAUCUUUUAAGAAUCCAAAAUAAUAAGCUAGGCUGCAAUCUGUCCAAUAUAUAUGAGAGCGAAAUGGACAAUACAAAUCAUGCUUAUGUAGAAAGAUCACCACAAUAAUACCACAACUUUAGUAUUUUUUUCCUAUUUAUUGCUAUUUUGAAAAGUGCUUUAAAGAUACUUUUAUAGUUGCCUAAUUUUUUAAUAGUCUAUAGAGAUAAAUCAUCAACAUUCUUGCCUCAGAAGGGCACAUACUGUAUGUGAGUGUACUACUCAAAACAAUACCUGACCUCGUGUCAUAAGAAUUGCCCAUGGUCAUGUCAAUGCCCAUGCUAAUGUCAGGAAUUAAUUGUGUGCUCUUCACCAUCCUUUUAAAAAUGACAAUGCUUAACUGUAUAAUAUAUGCUAAACUUAAAACUAAUUUAAAAUGUGUUUCUACAAAAAAAAAAUGCCUUCCUUACUUUACCAUUAGUCAAAUGGAGAGCUAGCUGGUGAGAAAUAAAAUGUACUAUAUGAGAAAUGAAAUGUUUAAGGAAUGUUAACAGAAAAAAAUUAAUUUUGUAAAUAUGGCUUCAUACCUGCAAAGACUAUUCAAUGAUUGAAAGGCUUUCCUUACAUGUGUAACUAGGGCCUAACCGAACAACAUUCAGUAUGACAAUGUGUUUAAUAAAUCAAUCCCAAAAUUCAUAAA